AUGGAGAGAACAGGCGUUCGUGUUUUUGCGGGAGGAGAUAUCAUCGAGCAUGAUCUGGACAAACAAACAAAUAUGGGAAAGAAAAGGCGGGCAACGUUUUUCUCCCUUCCCGGAAGGAUUUCUUUCAUUCGAGUGAGUAUUGGGCUUAUCGAGCAUAAGAUGACCACAAAAACCGCCCCCAAACCGGGGACCACUCCGAAAGAACUGAAAGCCAAAAAAGACUCGAAGAAGAAAGGCAACGCUCCGGAACCACCAAAGAAUGGACCGCCUAAAACAUCGCCACCGAACACUAUUGAAAAGAAGGGAAUUUUGAGGAGUCUCUCAUUCCAGUUCUCCAACCUGACUCGCAAGAAGUGCAAUGACUAUGACUUGACACCAGAAGAGGACGGUGUUGGUUACGAUGAGAUGGGCCCAGUUCUUGGGGUCCAAAACUAUGGAAUUCUCAUGAAAAAGUACAAGAGAAAGAAUCGAGCCGCAAAAUGGGCGAAACGGUUCUUCGUAUUGAAAGAGUGCUUCUUGAUCUACUACGCGACAAGUUAUAAGAAGGUGUUUGAGAAAACUAGAAGAAUUGAUUUGCAUCCGAAAGGAAUUAUUCCUCUGAUUGGAUGCUCGAUUGUGUCUGGCGGGGAUGUGGAUAAGAAAAAUUGUUUGCUAAUUGCUCAUCCACAAUUACCAACAGCUAUUAUUGUCGCUGCAGCUGACCAUCAGAUGCAGGAGAAAUGGCUGAAGGCGUUGAGAAGUGCAACGAAAAUCUCCUACAAAAACACAGUCGUAGGUGAGACCAUGAUUCGUGAAUUGGAAAACCGAGGUGUCCUUCUUAAUGAGGAGAAGAAAAGUUAUGAGGAGAGAUUGGAGGCGGAGGCAAAGGCGAGAAAACAGGAACAUGAUAGAGCUGAUGGACUUGCAAAAGACAAAGAAGAACUCGAAGUUGAACGUGAGAAGCUUAUCCGGACAACCAAGAAACUCAAGGAUGAUUUGCAGAAUGUUAAGAAUGAGCUCAAGAUGACAAACGAGAUGAAAAAGACGUUGGAGCAAGAGAAAAUGAGUCUGAAUUCGAAAACCGAGCAUCUUCAGGCUAACAUGGAGUCAUUGAAUAUUGAGAAAGAGAAGAUUCAUGAGCAACUUCAGGAAAUUGUGAGAGAACGGGAAAAAGUGUUGAUUGAUAAUCAAAACUUAUCAACCGACAAGUGCCAACUCAAUAACAGAUUGAUGGAAAUCGAGACGUCAAGGAACUGCAUAAUGACAGAGAAGGAGAAAAUCGAGACGCUGUUAAAGAUGAAUGAGCAGAAAACUCAAGAUUUGGAGAAGGAGCGACAAUACUACACAAUGAAGACCUCCGAACUUAUGGAUCAUUUGAAGGAAGUCAGUGAUCAGAGAGAUCUCACUGAGUCUGAGUUGAAGGAGCAAAUGAUGGCGAGAAUGGGAGCGGAGAAACAGUUGCAAGCGGCUGAGAAGGCGUUGGAGCACUUGGAGAUGGCUUUGAAGAUGACCGGAGCACAGAUGACUGAGUUGCAAGAGCAUAUUAUGCCAGAUGUACACAAGUUGAGAGAAUUCUUUGAACAAUGCGCAGAGGAAUCUCGUUUCGAGGCCAAUCGUACAGGAAUAAUGAGGAAUGCAGUAUAUGCUAGAAAAUCAAUCCGUCGCUCGAAACGUGGAAUUCGCUCUUCAAUCCGUAAGAAGGAGACAGCGGCUCCUCAAAUCAAGGAGCCCCUCAUGCAAUUAUGA